AGACGAUAAUGCGCUCGCCUUGUACAUUUAGUCUAUUACAGAACACGGUUAUAUCAAGCUUUUCAUAAAAUGUCGGUAGUAACAACGGUGUUGUGGAUUCUUUCUACAGCUUUUAUUACUUUGUUGUUCAUUAAAUGGAUCUUGCGAAGUAAAGGAAAGAGGUAUCCAAAAGGACCCAUGGGGCUACCAAUUGUUGGACAUUUACCGUUUUUCGGAAGGCAUCCACCAUCAACAUUCAUGAAAUGGUGGAAAUCGUAUGGGAAUGUUUUUUCGAUUAGGUUGGGAAGCUGGAAUGCGGUUGUCGUAAAUGGCUACAAAGCGGUCAAGGCCGCGGCCGAACAUCCAAACGACGCCUUUAGUGGAAGGCCGAACUUCGUUUCCGCGGAGGUUUUAGCCGAACGUAUCCACGAGGAAGUAUUUGCGUUUGGUAAUUUCUCGCCAGUGUAUCUAAAACAAAGAAAUCUGGCGUCAAAAGCUCUGCGUUUGUUUACAUCUAAAAGAAAAGACGUUAUUGAAGAAUUGGUUACAAACGAAGCUGUCGCAUUUGCGGACUCUCUGAUAAGAAAGUACAGUACACACCCAGGUUAUAUAGAACUCGAGGUUCAGACUCUAGUUGUACGGAUAAUUUACCAAUUAUUAUACGGACGAGGAAAACAGGUUGAUGUUGACAGACACGUUAAAAUAACCUAUAAAGCGCUCGAGGAAUUUAAUGAAUUUACCGGAAGCGGAAGUGCUAUAGAUGUGUUGCCCUGGCUACGAUAUAUCAUGCCCUGGAAAAUCGACGCGCUUCGAAAAAUUAUUGCUAAAACAGAUGAUAUUAUGUGGAAACAAGUACAGGAGCACUAUGAAACGUUUUCUGCAGACCACAUUAGAGACGUGGCAGAUGCUAUCAUAACAAGUGAUGCAGAGGACGAAGAAAAUAAAGACAGAUAUGUGUUGACAAGGGCAAGGUUGAAUCUAACGUUGGCUGAUCUACAAGGAGCCGGGGCGGACACAACGAGCAAAACAUUGUUAUGGUUGAUACUCUACAUGACCAAAUUCCCACAGAUUCAAGAGCGCGUGUUUGCAGAGAUAAAUACCGUCAUUGGGAAAAGUCGGAAUGUUGAGCUGAAGGACAAGCCUAUCCUUGUAUACACGAAUGCUGUUAUUCUUGAAGUUAUGCGGAUUGUUACCCAGAUUCCAUUUUCGCUUCCGCAUUUUUCAAUGACAGAUGCAAAAAUAGAGGGACUUGAUGUUGAUAAGGGCACAGUCGUUCUUUUCAAUUUGUAUUCGAUACACCACGAGAAAGAGUUCUGGGGAGAUCCAGAAUGUUUCCGUCCGGAACGGUUUAUACUUGGUGACAAUACGUUAAAUUCAGAUAAAUGCAAUCACGUUCUGGCUUUCGGUCUCGGCAGGCGCCGUUGUGUUGGAGAAUUCCUCGCAAAAAUGAAUGUUUUUCUUGCAUUUUCCAUCGUCAUGCAAAGAUGCAAGUUUAUUAAACCACCAGGUGAACGCCUGGAUCUAAUUCCCAUACCUGGUCUUGUGUACACGUGCAAAGAAUUUAAGGUGCUUGUACAAGAACGAAAAUAAUCAUUACGAAGUAUAGCAGGUGUGUGUUUUUGUAACUUCUUGUUAAUGAACAUGUCAGUAAACGUUGUGGUAAAAGCGAACGCCUGUAAUAUCGGUGUAUGUACCUUUAUGUCUCUUUCCGAAGACAUUACACUAACCUACUGAACUGAGUCUAAUAACAUAAUGAAUGUUAGAUCAAUGAAAAAUUGACAAUAUUACCGUAAAGGCAGUAUACAUGUAUAUUAUUAAGUUGAAAUGUUAUUUGUAUUCAAGAAUGUACUAUUGCUAAAGGUACGAGCUACUGUAUAAUAUAUAUCUACACAGUAUUUUUUCCAAACAUAUUUAUUGAUUAGGGUGAAGGGUAUGCGUCAACACUUUUGCCCCUUUUGUUUUCUAAGUUGAAGGACAUGCCUAAACACUCGUUGCUUCCUUCAGCAUAAUGACUACAAUGUUUGUGAAUUUCGUUAAACUGGAAGGCAACGAAAAUCAAAGAUACACCAAAGAUUUUUUAAUAAAUAUGGACAAAAUUGUGUUAGCUCCAGAUCUUUUAAUAACAUUUGUGUUAUAUUCCUGAAGUUGUCGCAUCUCUUUUUUCUAUUUUUUACUUUUUAAACAAAUAUUUUAUGUUUAUUUGAUGUGUGGAAGCACAUUAUUAUUAUAUGCGCUAUAUUUUCAAUAGAACGUUUGAGUACAUUUUAAAGAUGAGAGAAAAAUGUAUGAAAUGACUUAGUCUAAAAGAAUCAAUUCAAUAUAGCAAGGAAAGAACUUUUGA